AUGGAUAGAAAGAACAAUACAGACAUGCCUGACUUCAUCCUUAUGGGAUUGACAGAUUCUGAAGAGAUCCAGCUGGUCCUCUUUAUGCUAUUUCUCCUGAUACACCUGAUUACUGUGCUGAGGAAUGUGGGGAUGAUACUGAUAAUCCGCCUGGAUCUCCAGCUACACACUCCCAUGUAUUUUUUCCUCAGUCACCUGUCAUUUCUCAAUCUCAGUUACUCAACCGUCAUCACACCUAAAACCUUAGAGAACAUAGUGACUUCCAACAGAUAUAUUUCAUCCAUGAGCUGCUUCACCCAGACGUACUGUUUUGCCUUCUCAGGUGCCACUGGAUGUUUCCUCUCCUUAUUGGCCUAUGAUCACUAUGUGUCUAUCUGCAACCCUCUACACUACCCAGUUGUUACGUCUACAAGACUCUGCAGCUCCCUCAUCUUUGGGUCCUAUUUGAUUGGCUUUACAGACUACUUUGUCAAUAUACUUUGCAUGAGCAGAUGGAAUUUCUGCAACUCCAAUGUAAUCAAUGGCUUUUUCUGUGACACAUCCUCAAUUUUAGCCCAGUCCUGCACUGACACAUAUGACAGUGAAUUCAUGACAUUCAUUGUCACUGGCUCCACCUUAAUGGUGUCUCUUAUAAUAUCUGUGUCUUAUUUGUCCAUUGUGUCUACUGUCCUGAAAAUUACUUCAACUUCAGGAAAGCAAAAAGCCUUCUCCCCUUGUGCCUCCCAUCUCCUGGGAGUCACCAUCUUCUAUGGCACUAUGAUUUUUACUUAUUUAAAACUGAGUAAAUCCUACCCAUUGGGAAAGGAACAAGUGGCUCCUGUUUUUUAUACUAUUGUGAUCUCCAUGCUGAAUCCAUUCAUUUAUAGAAUUAGGAAUAAAGAAGUGAAAAGCAUUCUCGUUAGAGUCAUGCAGAAAAGAGAGGGCUCCAGGCAAUUAAUAUAA